AUGGACCAAGAGAAGAUGGGGCCUUCGGGCUUGGACGACAUCUCGCACCAGCAGAGCGCCAAGUUCGGCCAGGUCGAGGACCCCAACGUCGAGCCGGGCCACGAGCUUCACAGGCGGCUCGAGACGCGCCAUGUCACCAUGAUCGCCCUUGGCGGCGCCCUGGGCACGGGUUUGCUGAUCGGAACCGGUUCCGCCCUCGUCAAGGCUGGCCCGGCCGGCAUCCUCAUCGACUACUCCAUCGUCGGCUGCAUCGUCUUCCUCGUCAUGGCUGCCCUCGGCGAGAUCAUCUCCUACAUGCCUCUGUCCCACGGCUUCGGCGGCUACGCGACGCGCUUCGUCGACCCGGCCCUGGGCUUCGCCACGGGCUACGUCUACUUCUUCAAGUACCUCCUCGCCACGCCCAACCAGCUCUCGGCCUUCGCCCUCAUCAUGAAGUUCUGGGUCGGCGACCGUGUCAACCCGGCCGUCUUCAUCUCCAUCGCCCUCGUCCUCAUCGUCGCCAUCAACAGCAUCAGCGUCAAGGCCUUUGGCGAGUUCGAGUUCUGGCUGUCCUCCCUCAAGGUCAUCAUCAUGGUCGGCGUCAUCCUGCUGCUCUUCAUCCUCGCCGUCGGCGGUGGCCCCACCGGCGACCGCCCGGGCUUCCGCUACUGGUCCGACCCGGGCGCCUUCGCCGAGUACAAGGUCGAGGGGGCCCAGGGCCGUCUGCUCGGCGUCUGGAGCGCCAUGGUCGCCGCCGUCUACGCCUUCUCCGGCACCGAGCUCGUCGGUGUCACCGUCGGCGAGGCCAAGAACCCGCGCCUCAGCAUGCCCAAGGCCGUCCGCCUGACCUUCAUGCGCAUCGUCUUCUUCUACGUCAUCUCCGUCUUCCUGCUCGGCAUGGUCGUCCCCUACAAUAGCCCCGAGCUCGUCUUCGCCGCCAAGGCCAAGACGAGCGCCGCCGCCUCGCCCUUUGUCGUCGCCAUCACCAUCGCCAAGAUCAAGGGCCUCGACCACGUCAUCAACGCCUGCCUCGUCAUCUUUGUCUUCUCCGCCGCCAACUCGGACAUCUACAUCUCCUCCCGUACCCUGUACGGCAUUGCUGUUGACGGCAAGGCCCCCCGCAUCUUCACGCGCACCACAAAGUCCGGCGUGCCCUACGUGGCCCUCGGCCUGUGCGGUAUCUUCUGCAGCUUGGCCUACAUGUCUGUCAGCACCGGCGCUGCGACCGUGUUUGGCUAUCUGACCAACAUGGUCACCGUCUUUGGCCUGUUGACUUGGAUCUCCAUCCUCAUCUCCCACAUCUUCUUCUGCCGUGCCCGCGACGUGCAGAGCAUCGACCCGGCGUACAUCCCCUACCGCGCCCCCUUCGGCAUCUGGGGCUCCUACGCCGCCCUCGGCUUCCUCAUCAUCCUGACCCUGACCAAGGGCAUCGAGGUCUUCGUCGGCACCUUUGACUACAAGAACUUCAUCGUGCAGUACAUCGGCAUCCCCGUCUACCUCAUCUGCAUCUUCGGCUUCAAGAUCCUCAAGAGGACGAGCCGCGUCCACUCGGCGACGGCCGACCUGCUGACGGGCGUGCCGCUCGAGACGGUGGCCGAGGAGAGGGCCGCGUUCGAGGCCGAGAGGAGGGAGAAGGAGGAGGCCUCCGGCAACAAGGGCAUGCUGGCCAGAGUCUACCGCAAGGGAUUCGCCUGGCUGUUCUGA